CGUUACAAGCUUAUAAAUAAAAUAAAUCGUAGUAUAUAAUACCGCGCACCGAAGAAAGAAAUCAGUCGCUCGGAAGAGCUCUUCGAGGUUAGACCUUUGUCAAAUUUUGCGUCUGCAGUUGUCUCUUUCUUUCAUAUCGGUCUGUCGCUCUCACGCGCAUAUACAGUGUUGGUAUAGUGCGGCACACGGAAUUUGAUACUUUCACGUAAUGGGUCGAAACAAGUCAGCUUAUCAGUGCAUAAAAAAAAGGAAACGUAAAAACAAUGACGCUUUACGUAAAGCAACACAGGCAAGACUAGCACUAUUAGCAGCCAGAAAAUACGAAUCAGAGAAGAAACCUGAAGAGGAACAUGAGUUAGCAUUAGCACCUGCUACCACAUCGGACUGUAUACACACAAAAUAUUCUAUUUCUGAUGACAAUAUGUCUUUUGAAUCUAAUUUACAGGAACAUGAGUUAGCGUUAGCACCUCCUACAACAUCGGACUUUACACAUACCGAAAAUUCGAUUUCUGAUGGCAAUAUAUCACUGCAAUCGAAUGUACAGGACGAAGAUUCUGAUUCAUCUAUUUUAGUUGAAACAGGAAAUGCAUCUAGUUUAAAAGAAAUUGUAGACGUAAUAGACACUAUUGUUGGAAACAGAAUAAUUAACUUCCGAUAUUUUUGGAAACAAAUAAUGACAAUAGCUGAACAUGGCGAGAAAUUCAACUGUAAACUAAACUAUCUUAAAAUAGUCAAAGAAAAACAAAUAGAAGUGCGGAGAAGGAGGUCAGUGUGCGCGGAAAGUGGGUCAGGGCGGAUGCAUCGCGCUCGGCGGCGCUCGGGCGGGCUCGGGCGCGCUCGGGGGCGCAUGCGCGCUCGCGCAUCGAUCGCCGCCCACGCGGCGCAGCGCGGAGUGCUGUGCGAGUUGCGAGCGAGUCCCGGGCUGUGCCCCUCGAAGAUGGCGGCGUGA